GUUUUGAUUAUUUUAUCGAGAAAGAAGAAAGAACUUUGAUGACAAAAGUUUACGCCUGUGAAAUUUGUAAGCACUGAUAUAUAAGUAGUCCCCACCAGAACCUCGAUCCCCACAACGCUCAUUCCUUCUACUUCCCCACUUUCACUCUCCACUCACAAUCCUGUUCUACACAAAACGAAGGUUGGCACUGUGGGGGCAGAAUGAAGAUUCAGGGCAUGGAACUUCUCAAGAUUUCUCUGCUUGUUCCAAUCCUUUGCAUUCUCUCUUUUGCAGAUGGGGGCUCGAUCGGGGUGAACUACGGUAGAGUAGCGAACAAUUUGCCGUCAGCUGCGAAGGUAGUCGAGCUCAUGAAGUCUCAGGGCAUCGACCGGGUGAAGAUGUACGACACAGAUCCGGCCGUGCUUAAGGCCUUGUCCGGAUCAGCCAUUAAAGUUGUUGUCAAUCUCCCAAAUGAGCAACUCGCCAAUGCCGCCAAACGCCCUUCAUUUGCCAAUGCUUGGGUUUUUCGCAGUGUUGUGGCCUACUACCCUUCCACCGCCAUUGAAGCUAUAGCCAUUGGCAAUGAAGUGUUCGUUGACACCCACAAUACAACUCGGUUCCUCAUUCCCGCCAUGAAGAAUAUACAUCAAGCUUUGGUUAAGUACAAACUCGACGACACCGUUAAAGUGUCUUCUCCGGUGGCUCUCAGUGCAUUGCAGAAUUCUUAUCCUUCUUCAGCCGGGUCAUUCCGGUCCGAUUUGAUUGAACCGGUGUUUAAGCCCAUGCUUGAAUUCCUCAGACAAACCGGGUCAUCUCUAAUGGUGAAUAUCUACCCAUUCUUUGCCUACGAGUCAAAUGCGGGUGUAAUUUCUUUGGAUUACGCACUUUUCCGGGAGAAUCCUGGCGUGGUUGACGCCGGGAAUGGUCUGCGUUACUUCUCCCUCUUUGAUGCCCAAAUCGACGCCGUUUUUGCUGCAAUGUCAGCUUUGAAAUACAACGACGUCAAAAUCACGGUAACAGAAACCGGCUGGCCUUCUAAAGGAGACUCAAAUGAAGCCGGAGCAAGUAUUGAAAAUGCCGCCGGGUACAACGGAAACUUGGUACGGCGAAUACUCACCGGUGGCGGGACCCCUCUCCGGCCGCACGAAGAUCUCACCGUCUACCUCUUUGCUCUAUUCAACGAGAACGAGAAAUUCGGACCCACAUCGGAACGAAACUUCGGCCUUUUUUACCCCAACGAGAAGAAGGUUUACAACAUUCCGUUCACGGCGGAGGGUCUUAAGAGUUACAGAGACAGUUCGCCGAAGCGUUCGCCGGCGACCGGAGGCAAACAGAGAGUGUCACCCGGAUCCUCGAAUGGGCAAACGUGGUGUGUGGCUAGUGCACAGGCGGGGAAGGAUAAGCUACAAGCGGCUCUAGAUUAUGCGUGUGGGGAAGGAGGUGCUGAUUGCCAUCCGAUCCAACCAGGGUCCACGUGUUUCGAUCCUAACACUCUUCAGGCGCACGCUUCGUUUGCUUUCAAUAGUUAUUACCAGAAGAAGGGACGUAUCAUUGGCACUUGCUAUUUUGGUGGGGCCGCCUACAUCGUUUCUCAACAGCCCAAGUACGGGAAAUGCGAAUUCCCCACAGGAUACUGAAGAAAAGGAAGGCAGGCUACAGGAGAUGGUGGACCGGACCGGACCGGACCGGGCAGGGCAGAUCUAUGGGCUGAUUUUCGUUGUGUAAAUUUAUUUAUUAUAAUAAUGAUGAUCCGUAGCAGUUGCAAUAGGUUAGCUAGCAGAUAACUGGACUUGCUUUCUUUCUAAUUAACAUAUUAUAUUAUUAGUAUAUCCUUGUCUAUGUGGGAAUCUGCAUUAGUAUUAGCGUUUUAAUGAUGAAAAUUAUCUCUUGUUUAUGGAGCAA